GGUGUCGCGGGUGACCUGUGGUUUAGGAUGAGCCGCCGCGUGUGAGUGUAAGGACGUGACGGCUCCGCGUGUUUACCACACGGGUCUGCGGGAGCCGCAGCGUGUACCUGCAGGCUGUGUGAGAGCGUGUGUGAGCGGCUCGGAGGCAGAUCUUCCACAGAACACGCCCUAGUAGAAAAGGUAGACACACACACUCACGGCGAGAGAGAAACGCACACAAACACACUGAGCCUGAUCACCGAGGAGCCGAGCUGCCUUACCUGUACACAACAGCCCCAAUGCUCCCCUGCAGGCUGCCACCUCCAGCGCACUGUCACCAGAUGAGAGCAGGGCGCGUUUACUUCCACACACUCUGGACUUAUCGUAUAUUUACGCGCGGGGCUCUGAACACCUGGAGAGCCUGCGGGACUCGGCAGGAGGAGUAAAGCUGGGUGUUGUUGCAACAGCGGAGCGUUCAUCCACCGGCAGGGCUGAGUACCAUGAACAGGAAUACGCGGCGCUGGAUUUUCCAUUUUUUCCUGUGCCUCGGGAUAGUGUAUCUGAAAAUCGGGGGGCUGUCGUCGGUGGUGGCGCUGGGAGCGAGCAUCAUCUGUAACAAGAUCCCCGGCUUGGCCCCGCGUCAGAGGACUAUCUGUCAGAGUCGACCCGACGCGAUCAUAGUGAUCGGGGAAGGAGUUCAGAUGGGAAUCAAUGAGUGUCAGUUUCAGUUCAGGCACGGCCGCUGGAACUGCUCAGCCCUGGGGGAGAGGACCGUGUUCGGGAAAGAACUCAGAGUGGGCAGUAAGGAGGCUGCUUUCACCUACGCUAUCAUAGCCGCAGGGGUCGCCCAUGCAGUCACAGCGGCCUGCACCCAGGGGAGCCUGAGUGGCUGCGGUUGUGACAAGGAGAAACAGGGUUUCUACAACCAGCAGGAGGGCUGGAAGUGGGGUGGCUGUUCUGCGGACAUCCACUAUGGACUGAGUUUCUCCAAGGUGUUUGUGGAUGCGCGGGAGAUCAAGCAGAGCGCCAGGACACUCAUGAAUUUACACAACAAUGAAGUGGGACGCAAGGUAGGUUUAUACAUCGUCAUCACCUGAUGGCAAGCAUUCUGACAGAGCUUCAUGCACGGUUGUAAUAAAGCCAUGCAAACGGUAUGUCACAAUGUGCAAGACAAUGUUGGCAAAUCAGAAAUGACAUACACACCGUCUCACAUGCUGUUAACGGGGUACAGCCUGGACAUGACAGCAGUCUGCAGGCAAUCCGAUUUCAAACAGCCCACAUUUGCUCCCCUAAUACCUCAGGCCAACUGAUGUUAAGUUUAAAGUUUGUGUCACUCCCUGCAUGGAUCUCAUGGGGUUCAGCUUUUAAGCGAAGCAACCUGAGAUCAGUGUUGACUGCAGCACUGAAACCUGAUUCAGCAGCAUGGCUUGAUUGUAAUGUAACUACUAACAGUUGUAAUGUGGAUUGCUCACACUAUAACUGAUAUCAGAUCCAGCACUCUUUACAACCAACACAUGUAAUUAGGCAAACGCUUCCAUAUCCGCACCUACAGGCAGUUCAGAGUUUGUAGUUCUUUGUUAAAAAGACAAAAAUCUGAAAAUGCUAACAUGGUGUUGUAGUGUGUACAGAGAAAAUGUAACUUUGCCAAUUAAACAAGAAGAAUAGCAAGAAGAAACAACAAUGUGGGCUUUAUUAGGGAAACUGUAAAUGAGACUUUUUUGACUUUUUUCUCUGAUUAAACUGGAGAAAAAAAAAUCAGAGAAAGUAUCUGAAAGUGAUGAAACUCAAACAACAGUUAAAAUAGCACACAGAGUGGUGGAUGAGGUAAAUGUUAGAAUUUGUUAUACCCACAGCAGCGAGAGCAGCAAGUUUUAGUUGUUUGAGUAUACUUGAGUCAAAGAUAGCACCCACUCAGUUUAAUAAUGAUUGCUCAACAAGGCACAUACCUGUCUUCUUUUUGCAUGUUCUACAUUCUUCAUGUGUCUUUUCCAAUAUAAUGUCUAUGGAGAAAAUGCUGUUUUGCCCACAUUUUGAGUUCUAUUACCUUCAUUUGUGUUACCUGCAAGCGACACACAGAGGUCUCCCAAAACUGUGAAAGCAGUUUGACAUCUGCUUAAAACUGAAAUCUGUUGUUAUCUAUUGUGUUUUUAACACUGUGUCCAAAACACCAGAAUGUUCUCAUGGAAACAAGGGUUUUAAUGAUUAUUUCUUUAAUCUUUAUUGGUUUUCUGUCGUAAGCUUCAGUGAGCUCUACAAACACAUUCAUCUUAGAAAUAGAAUUAACAGUUUGGCAUUAAAAAUGGUGAACCUCAUCCCCUUAUUUACCCAUAUAGUACUUUCCUUCCAUGCAUACACAAAUUUAUCUGUCACACACAUCUGCAUCGAGGGUUAUCUCUAUCUUGGACACUUUAACAUGCAAAGUGGAGGAUAACAACACAACAUUCCAAUGAAUGGACAAACUGCCCCAC